CUGAAUAUUUUAUAGUUACGCUGCCAACCGCCUCCCAUGCGUCUCACUCCGACCAGCUAUGUUUGGCUGUUCCGGUUAAGUAGCUUUACCGGCGAACUGCGUUUGUCAGCGAGCCCCUCCUUCCGCCUCAGACCGACAUUUCAUACCCGUGCUCCUUUACUCUUCGCCCGGACACUCACCAUGCAGUCCAGUGGAAAUGUAACCAACCGCAGCAGUGAGCGGGGCUUGGGCAAAGCGGAGCAGCCAGGGCCGGGGCUCUUCAGCAGCAUCAUUCCCACUGUCACCACCGAAGACACGGGUCCUCCGGCGGAGAAGAAGCGGGUGGGCAGCACGCUUGUCGUUGACGAGAGAAACUUACGGACCCCGAGUCCUCUGUUUGGGGCCAGCGGUGAUGACGACUCGGAGGCAGAGUCUUUCCGGGAUGGGAGAUGCGAAGAAGUCGACCGGGACACCAGGGGCAGGGCCUUUACGUGGUGCCGAGACUUUCUGUCGGGGUCGUGGAAGACCAUCGAGGAGGGCGAUUUUCAGAUCAGCAUCGUCAGUGGUGGACUCAGUAAUCUGCUGUACCUGUGUAGUUUGCCUGAACAUGUGCACUGUGUGGGAGAGGAACCUCGCCAGGUGCUCCUCAGAAUCUACGGUGCCAUCUUACAGGGUGUGGACUCUCUGGUUUUGGAGAGUGUGAUGUUUGCCAUUCUGGCAGAACGAACAUUAGGGCCAAAACUUUAUGGCAUCUUCCCCGAGGGACGCUUAGAGCAAUACCUCCCGAAUACUCGCAUGCGUACAGAUCAGCUUUCCAAUCCAGCCAUCUCAGCCGAGAUUGCCACCAAGUUGGCACGUUUCCAUGAAAUGGUUAUGCCCUUUAACAAAGAGCCUAAGUGGCUGUUUGGGACCAUCGAUAGGUACAUGGAUCAAGUGAUGAAGAUAAGCUUUACACGUGAAGCACAUGUGAAGAAGUACAAGAAGUUGAUGAGGUUUGAUCUGCCUGCUGAGCUGAAGAGUCUCCGUGCUUUGCUGGCAUCAACUCCAUCACCAGUGGUGUUUUGCCACAAUGACGUCCAAGAAGGAAACAUUCUUAUGCUGGAAGACAAGGACCACGCCUCAACAGAAAAUCUCAUGCUGAUAGACUUUGAGUACAGCAGCUACAACUACAGGGGUUUUGACUUUGGGAACCACUUCUGUGAAUGGAUGUAUGAUUACACCUACAACGAGUGGCCCUUCUACAAAGCCACACCAGAGAACUACCCAACCAGAGAGCAGCAGCUUCUCUUCAUCAGAAGUUAUUUGGCAGAAAAGAGGCGACACUGUGCUGACGAUGUUACGGACCAGACACGGAUGGAAGAGGAGUUGAUACUUGAAGCAAACAGAUAUGCUUUGGCGUCGGACUUCCUCUGGGGGCUGUGGUCCAUCAUUCAAGCAAAGAUAUCCAAGAUUGAGUUUGGAUACAUGGACUAUGCCCAGUCUCGGUUUGAUAGCUACUUCAAGCAAAAGAAGCUCUUCUCCUGAAUUCCACCCUGUUAACCAGAAUGUACUGUUUUCUAACAUUCUCCGAGGUCGCCUCAUGUUUCGGUCAACAUUGUUUUCAGCUACAUCUUGUUGAAACUAUGCAAGUCUGCUUAUGACAUAAGCAUGAUGAUGAUGUGAAACGUCAAAAUGUACUUUUUCAGGACAAUGCACAAGUACAGUCUAAGCCUUUAAGCACUCUAUUUUUAUUGAAGCAUCAAUUCCCAUAGUGUGAAGUGUCGGUAGAGCUGAGAUCUCUCUAGAGCGUUGUGUUGUUUGUGUCGUUUAGGAAUCUCAGUCAGUUGAUCUACGACUGUUUUUUGGUUGUUGUUUUUCUUUUGUUUGUCACAUUUUUAGAUGCACUUCACUUCUUUGGACCAUUCUUUUUUUGACAUUGGCAUGCUCAGUACUUUGGUUAUGUUCUGUUUUCUGUUCACGUCAGAGCUCUGUGAUGGCCAGCACUAGAUGCCUUGCCAGAGUAUUAUUGUCUUAUAUGUUGAGACUCUAAACUUACUGCAAUCGUCACUUUGGUUUACUAAACCGGUACUACUGAUUUCAGCGUAUGUCGCUUUUGCUAACAUGUUUUUGGGUCAUUCUACCUCACUUCUUUUCUUUUUCGUGGUGUUUGUUCUGCAUUAAGAUGCAUCCACUCCAUGAGGGCUAAUUGUAACUCUACCCUAUGAGGGAGAGAUUAUUCUAAAUACCCCAUGCUGAAGGACAACGUAAAGUAUUCCCUGUAAUUAUUCUUUAAAGGUUCAUAAAGUUUGAAGCCUAACCCAUUCAUAUAUGAGGGCUAUUGUAUACAGUAUCACUGUAGCCAACGAUGCUGGUAAUUUAACCACCAGAACAGUUACAAAGUGUAAAUCACUGAAAUCGGUAAUAUUUAAUUCAUCAUUAACCGUCCAUGUCUGCUGCACCAAACAUCCAUCUUAAAUCAGCUUGUUUAACUUCCCGUCAUAUAUGCAUGGAUCAGUUAUUCCCACUUUUUCCCCCCUACAAAUAAUAAUCGCUUAAAAUAUCCAAACUCCUGACAUUCUUAUCUGUUGUUUGAGGUAUUAGGGAACUAAAAUAUUCAUCUGGCACAUGUAUGUAAGAACCUCAAGCUCUGAAAUCUACUAAUACCUGAAAUCUUGGUUUUUGCUGUAGUUCAUUUGAAUGUGAAGUGACAUUUUCUUACCAGUUUUCUAAUAGCUUUGUUUGACUCACUUUAUGAUGCUUUUGUUUAUUUAGAGUGUUUCCUGGAUUAGUCUGAAUGUUUUGGCAUUAAUUAACAAUUCCAGGUCCUUGUUUUACACAUAGCUGCAUCGGUUUACACACCAGAAGUAACUAGAAGCCUGUGACACAUUAACUGCCUCCUUUUUGUUUUGAAUGUGACAUUGUCCCAGUAUUGUCUAUCUUCUAGUUUGUCUGUAUUAUUUUGUUCCUUUUUUGCACUGCUACAAUUACAAUUUAAAAGCUAAUAAACAUAUGUGCUUAGA